AUGAGUUUCUCCUUUUCUUUGAAGAAAUCAUCAGCUGCAAAGCCUGCAGCAGGCGCACGCCCUUUAGCAGCAGCAGCAGCACCAGCAGCAGCAGCAGCAGCACCAGCAGCAGGAGGACCUCGUGCUCCUCUUGAUGUAUUCAAGCAGGCACUAGAUGAGGAAGCAGAAGCAGCAGAACAUUUGCUGCAGCAGCAAAAGAAAGGGAAUAAAAUACCCCGUUUAUCUUUAGAUCAUUUCUCUCGUAAGAAUAAUAUACAAGAAAAAGAAAUAAUAAAUAAUUUACUGCAGCAGGACCCUCAGGCAUUAUCCUAUGAUGAGGUGUACGAACAGGUCAGCAGCACAGCAGCAAAAGAGCAGCAGCAAAAGGCACAAUCACAUCGUAUAUAUCUUGGUUAUACAAAAGAUAUACAAGAAAAAAUAAAUAAGGAUAGACAAACAGCGGAUAUAUUAGCAGCAGAGGCGGAGGGGGCCCUAAGGGGGGCCCCCCAGUCUGGUGGUGGGGGCCCCUCAGAGUUGGGGGGCCCCAAAAUGGAGGAGGAGUCGCCAAGGGGGCCCCUAGGGGCCUCCUCCUCUCGUUCCCCCUCAGUGGUAUAUGGGUUAUCGCCAGGUGGAGCUGGUGGACUGGGGGGGGGCCCCGGGGGGCCCCCAGAAAGGGUACGGGAGGCCCCCCGUGCUCGUUUUAUAGGGAAAAUGUUAGUCCAAGCACAAAGGAGACAAUUAGAGAGGGAAAUAAUACAAGAGAGACAAAUAAAGAAAGAAAGAGAGAAAGAAGGAGGAAAAAUAGAGGAAGUAUUUAUAACAAAUAGUUAUAAGGAAAGAUUAAUAGAGAGACAAAAGAUAAUGGAGGAAAUGGAGAAAAAAGAUAAAAUAGAUAAAGAAAGAGCAGCAGAUAAACAACAAGAUCUUUCUUCUUUUCAUGCUUAUUUACUCAGAUCUGGUGCUGCUACAAGGAGUGCUGCUGCACUUACUCCUCCUGCUGCUCCUGCUCCUGCUGGUGCUGCACCUGCUGCUGCUGGUGCUGCUACUCCUGGUGGUGCUGCUGGGAGCGGUGCUGCUGCUGCUGGUAGUACUGCUGAUGCUGUUGCUGCUGCUGCUGCAAGAGCAGCAGCAGCAGCUUCACAGGUAAAGGCAGCAAAGACAGAAGGGAUAGAGCAGCAGCAGCAAGAGCAGCAGCAAGAACAGCAACAAGAGCAGCAGCAAAUGCAGCAAAAACGACCUAUAAAAGAAGAGCCAACCGGAUCUUCGCCUGUCUCUCCCACUCCUGACUCUACCAGCAGCAGCAGCAGCAACAGCAGCAGCAGCAACAGCAGCAGUAGUGCCUCUUGUCCUAUAACAAAAGAAAUGGUAUUACCAUUCAAGGAACAUAAAGAAAUAAAAAGUGUCUCCUUUCCUAAUAAAUUGUCUCCUUUGCAAUUAGCUAAUGCAAGGGCAAGAUUCCUACAAAGAAAAAAACAAAAAACAGAAGAUACACCAUAA